AGUCUUAUUAUAUAUAUAUAUAUAUAUAUAUAUAUAUAUAUAUAUACAGUGUUGACUACGGCAUAUAUAUUCGUCCCUAUAUACUACCAACUCUACUACAUAUCACAUAGGUUAUGUUUAACUUUAAAUCUUUGUAAUUCUUCCGCGAAAGUGUAUCUUAUUACCAUAAUUGCAAAGACAGUUGAAAAUUCAACAAAUCAACGUACUCAACUGACUAUAUAUUAAACACGCAAAUGUAAAUGUAUACCUUCUUCGGUUUCUGGAAAAAAUUCGUGGUGAAACAUAUUUACUUGACUUAUUUAGCAAAUGUAUUUUUCGUUCGAAUGUAUAUUUUGACAAUUCCAAAAUAUUCCUAAUAUCAUGAAUGAAUUUUCUACUGACGGAGACACUAUUUUCCAGAACCCAGACUUAAAACCAUUAGAAGAUGUUAAACUAACAAUAAAAAACAGUGGAAUUGCACAAACUGUUCCUGCAUUGGAUGAACACUGGGUAGAAAAAAAAUAUUUUUUAAAUUAUGAACCAAUUGUUUUAUUUGAUGAAGAAGGUAGAAGUAUUAUUGGAGCUAAGGAACGGUGGCUAGAAGUUGUAUCUUAUAUUUUAAAUGAUUUAGAUUGGUUAUUGCGCUUGCCUUUCUACAAAUUUUGGUCUAAUAUUGUUUAUAAUUCAAGAAUAAUGGAUUCAAUCACCAUAUUCUUACAAGAAGCACCAACUUAUUAUGCACUAGAAAACUUUCCUAACGAUAACGACCUAAAAGAACAUUUAGAUAGGUUGCGAUAUGUUGUCUUACUUAUUUUAGCUAGGUUAAUAACCAAUAAAGAAAGCCCUGCAGAAUAUAUGAGUCUGUCUGAACAUGCACAUUUACUGUUUCAAAAAAACAUAUUUACUGUGCCAAUUUUUAUGGACAUAUGUCAACAGUAUGGACGUAAUAAUAGGAAAAUUGUAAAUAAAAUUGUAAAUUCUGCGUUUGCAUUAGAGCCUUUAUACAAUGAAGAUCUUAGAGAAGCUGUUCAAUUUAUAAUUAAGGCUUUGAGAGAUAUUGAAAGGAGAUUUGAAGACUGCCCUAUAGAUCAAGAGGGAAAAGCUGUACUAUUAUCAGAAAGAGGAGGCGCGAAUGUUGAAAUAAAUUUAUCUACCUUAGAAGAUUUGAUACUGUAUCUCCUUGACACAGUUUCUACAAUUAAUAUAUUCAUAAAUAUAUAUCUUGCAUCUAUAAAUACUUUUAAGAUAGAAUGUUUCAUAACAAAAAUAAUAUCAGUGUAUGCUAAUACAAUACCAGAAAUGUACAAAAGGCUAGAUGAUUUAGCAUUUAAGGAUGAAACUAUAGCAAAAUAUAUGGAAUUAAAACAUCGACUUGAUGUUGCAAGAGUAGAAAUUUUGAAUAUUUACAGAAUGCUUGUUUACACAGAUGUCAAAAAUACUGUUGAAAAUAAGAAUGUUAUUUUAAAUUCAGAAACGGAAGAAAUUAUAGAAGAUUUUUUUAAUAAUCUGACACAUGCAUUAUCCGAAAAAGAAUUUGCCAUCGACUAUCAUAAUGUGUAUCCGAUCACCGAUGAUGUUCAGCAAUUAAUAGAUUCAUACAAAAACAUAGAUACAAUGAAAUGUGAAUUUAUUUUAAAUUCUAUUUUUACGUAUUUAGAUGAACCAGAUUUUUCUGUGGCAUCUACUUCAUUUAAAAGUAUUCCUAAAUCUUUGGCUGGACCUAGCAAUAGCAAAAAAAACAGGAAUUCCGAAGAAGUGGAUAAGAAUGAAGUUGCUGGAUCAUCUAAAGAAAUUACUAGGACUAAAUCUGAUGUUGUCUCUAUAAUUUCAGAAAUAAAAGACAUUCUUUGUGACCUUGGUGAAGGAUUUUUGGAGAUGUGUCUUAAGCAUUAUAAUUACAAUAAAGAAGCUGUUAUUAAUGCUGUAUUAGAAGACUCAUUACCAAUUGAACUAAAAAGUUUGGAUCGUAAUCUUCCAUUUAUUCCACCAGAUCCAGAAGAAGCAUCUGCUACUAUCGAUAAUGCGCUCGGAAUGCAGAGGUUAAAUAUAUAUGAUAAUGAUGAAUUUGACAUCAUGACUAAGGAUAAUAUAGAUACUUCUAAAAUACAUAAAGGCAAAAGAAAAGACAAAUACAAGAACUUUAAUGAACUUUUGAAUGAUAAAUCUUACAUUGCGCAAACGAAAGAUAUUUAUAACAAAUAUACAAUUGUAACCAAUGAGUAUGAUGAUGAAUAUGAUGACACCUAUGAUGACCAAGAUAUAGGGUCUAGUGCUCAGGAUGAUAUUGUAGAAGUAGAUGCACGACCUUUUACAAUACCUAGGGUACUUCGUCGACAAGUCAAUAACGACUUUGAAGAUACUGAAGAAAAUAAUGAUUUUAAUCAUGUAUCGGAAACACAAGUAAAUAAAGAUAACUUUGUUCAGGAUCCAGCUCUAUUAAGAGCAAAAGCCGAGGAAAGACGACUUUUGAAGCAAGGUUUUAGAACAAAUAAUUCUCCUACUAAAAAUGUAGUUGGGAAUCCAAAAGGUCAAGGACAAACGAAAGAAGUUCUGGAUAGCCGCAAUAAAAAAGGCAAGAGUAAAGCAACAAGAGCUAAUCAUAAUCGUCGUGCUGGGUCGCAGUGGAAACGCAGUCACGGAAUGGUUCCGUCGUAAAUACUUAUUUAUAAUUUAAUUAAAAGAAAUAACUUAGGCUACUGUAUUUUACACUUGUCAUAAAUAAAAUGGAAAAUUUCCAUGUUGAA